AUGAGCCAAUCCCUCCUCGACUACCUCGUGGAGCACGAGCCCGCCUUUAGGAAAGCUCGCCUCCCCGCCCUUUACUCCGAUUUCCAAACCCUACGAACACUCAACCCGGAUGGCUAUCAGGCCAACGUCUCAGCAUGGCGCAGGGCCCUCGCGCAGAUCGCCAGAUCGGGAUUGGCCCCCGCGGGACGCGCAUCCGCACCGAACUCCUUUGUCCUCCACUGCGACGAGCAACUCCUCCGAGCGCUCGAAUCCAAACAAUACGGCAGGCCGCUCGCUCUCGGCGUGGUGGUGCAGGAGGCCCUGGCAGCCAAGGAUCUCGUGCCUCUCCGAGAAUUCUUGGACGCGAAAGACAGCAUAUACCGUCGGCCGUGGUCGGUGUGGAACUUAGCUGCGUGGACAAUGAAGCAACUCGGCGUGUCAGACAUGCUGAGGAGGGAUAACCUGCCGAAAGGAGAGUUUGUGGUCGUGGCCAACGUGGAGGAGGCGGGCAAGGCGUUUGGAGAGUUGAGUUCAACCAGCGAGCAGACUAGGUUCGAAAGGACCUUCUCCAAGGCGCACUUCUAUCGGACGUUCAACGACCAGCUCGUAGACGGGAAGCAGCUCUCCGAGACAGACAUGGAGGUACUGCUAAAGUUCCUCUCACGCGACAAGGGCGUCAUUCUCUACGAUGGCAACACCGUCAAGAUCAACACCCCCGGCGCGCAAGAAACGGCAGAGAUCACAGACCAGGACGCCUCGAUCGCGCAACUCAAGGAGCUGCUCGCCUCGCUCACGCACCAAACCGCGCUCCUCGGCAAGCGCAUCGAGGUGCUCGCCGCCCAGGCGAAGCAGGCCGUGGCCAAGAACAACCGCGUCGCCGCGCUGGCGGUGCUGCGGUCCAAGAAGCUCGCCGAGUCCACGCUCGAGCGGCGCUUCGCGACCGUCAACCAGCUGGAAGAGGUCGCCGCGCGCAUCGAGCAGGCCGCCGACAACGUGCAGCUCGUGCGGGUCAUGGAGGCCUCGGGCGAGGCGCUGCGCAGCCUGCACGCGCAGGUCGGCGGCGCCGAGCGCGUCGAGGAGGUCGUGGGCCGGCUGCGCGAGCAGAUGGCCGCGGCGGACGAGGUCGGGAGCAUUCUGGCCGAGUCUGCGGGCACGGUGGUUGUGGAUGAGGUCGAGAUCGACGACGAGCUGGCCGCGCUCGAGGGCGAGGAGAAGCGCAAGGCGGAGGAGGCCGAGCAGGCCAGGGAGGCAGACGAGUUGCGGAAGCGGCUGGAGGCGGCUGGGGAGGUGCCUGCUGGUGUGGUAGAGGCAGCAAGGGAGAAGGAGAAGGAGGAAUUGCAAGCGGCUGAGGACAUGAUGAGUAGGAUGUCCCUGAAGGAGGACUCCUGA